ACAUAGCAUUAACCUUUUCAUUGCUGCAUCAGGGUUUCGAUUCAGGAAAUAUUUCCGUAGAACACACACAAGGCAGCCAUACAAUACACAGAACGUUAAUAAUGCAUACAAGUAUUUGCAGUUAUGUUCAGGAUUAGGUGCCACAAUGCGAACAGCCAUAGGGGAAGUGGAGCCAUGCCCUGAGGCAUUUGCCAGUCCAAGCGAGCCUGCUAGCUAAACAACAAGCACAUGGUAUCGCCACUGGCCGGCAAGGGAAGUGAUGGGCAUUACAGUGUCCCCAUAUGGAAUGUGUGGGGGGAGGACGGCACCACACAGAACAGAGCCAACCUCUGACCCCGUGCCCUGCGCUGCUGGGACACACAGCGAAUACCUCAGCCCUGCCCCCCUCCUGGCUACACAACAGGAUGCACUAUGUAGUCCCGGCCACUCUAAAGCUUUCCUGUCCCACUGUCCAGCUCCCCUUCAUCUCUUGCUAUUCUCCCUCCGCCUCCUUCUUGCUCGUGUGCCUGCGCAGGAGCGCUCUAGGAAAAAAAGUCCCCGAAGGACUCGGGAGAUCCUUGUGUGAGUCACAGAGGCACACAGAGAGCCGUAAGUGUCAGGACUCUAGCAUGUCAGAAGGACCUCGAUAAAUGGCGGCUUGCAGAAGGCGACUUCCCCACGGGGUGCUCUGUUGGCUAACCCUGCUCAGCCUCCCAGGGAUUUUGUGUUUUAGCGAUCUGAUGUUUGUUAAAGAACCUCAAGAUGUAAUAGUUUCACGGAAAGAUUCAGUGAUUUUAGACUGCCAGACUAAUGGAGAAGCUCCAAUAACAGUCACAUGGAUGAAGAAUGGAAUAAAGAUUUCUGAGAAUGAACGGAUAUCCACAUUUCACAAUGGAUCCUUGUACAUCCGUGAGGUAGAGGGCAGGAAAGGCGAGCAAUCUGAUGAAGGAUUUUAUCAGUGUUUGGCUUUGAACAAAUUUGGUGCCAUUCUAAGUCAAAGAGCUCAUCUUUCAUUAGCAACCAUGUCAGGCUUUGAAGAGCAACCUAUGUCCAUUGAAGUCCAAGAUGGAAGUGUGGCUAGAUUCUCCUGCAAAAUAACAGCUAACUCUCCAGCAGUCAUUACCUGGGAAGUGAAUCGCACAGCUCUGCCCCUUGCUAUGGACAGGAUUACUGUUCUGUCAAAAGGAGUUCUCCAGAUCUAUGGAGUCACAAAGAGAGAUGCUGGAAAUUACAGAUGUGUAGCUACCAGUGUGUCAAACAGACGGAAAAGUGCAGAGGCAACACUGAGUGUUGUGCCAGCCAAGGAAAAUGAAUCUUUCCAGAAACCUGUCAUCAUUGCACCUCCUCAAAAUACAACUACCUCUAUGCAUCAGUCAGUCACUCUGGAAUGUCUGGCUAUAGGAAACCCAAAGCCUAUUGUAUCAUGGAGCAGGAUGGAUCAUAAACCAAUUGAUGUGUUCAAUACACGGGUAGUUGGAAAUGGAAACCUCAUAAUAUCAGACGUUAAGCUGCAGCACUCUGGAGUCUACAUUUGUCGUGCCACCACACCGGGUACACGCAACUUUACUGUGGCAAUGGCAACUGUCACAGUUCUAGCUCCUCCAUCCUUUACUGAAUGGCCUGCGAGUCUGACAAGGCCACGUGCUGGUACAGCCAGAUUUGUGUGUCAAGCAGAAGGCAUUCCAGUUCCAAAAAUUUCAUGGCUAAAGAAUGGCAAAAAAAUUCAUUCCAAUGGCAGAUUUAAAAUGUACAACAGUAAAUUGGUAAUUAACCAGAUAAUCCCCGAAGAUGAUGCAGUGUACCAGUGCAUGGCAGAGAAUAGUCAAGGUUCUGUUCUUUCUCGUGCACGAUUGAUAGUCGUUAUGUCUGAGGACAGGCCCAGUGCUCCACGUCACCUUCGGGCGGAGACAAUGUCCAGUUCAGCCAUCAUUCUCUCUUGGGAACGGCCUCUAUAUAACUCAGAGAAAACCAUUGCUUAUUCUGUGCACUACAUGAAAGCAGAAGGUUUAAAUAAUGAAGAAUAUCAGGUGGUGAUUGGAAAUGACACAACUCAUUAUAUCAUUGAUGACUUGGAUCCCGGCAGCAAUUAUACCUUUUACAUUGUAGCAUAUAUGCCAGUAGGGGCAAGCCAGAUGUCCGAUCAUGUGACACAGAGCACUCUUGAAGAUGUUCCUUUAAGAGCUCCAGAAAUCAGUUUAACUAGCCGCAGUCCAACUGAUGUCCUUAUUUCUUGGCUCCCUAUUUCGACCAAAUUCCGUCGAGGAAAGAUUGUCCUUUACAAACUAUCUUUUCGAAUGAGCACUGAAAACACCAUCCAGAAUGUAGAGCUCCCGGGAAGUGCACACGAGUAUUUCUUGGAAGGUUUGAAGUCAGACAGCCUGUAUCUAGUCCGUAUAGCUGCAGCAACAAAAGUAGGUUGGGGAGAAUCCUCUGCAUGGACAUCUCACAGGACACCUAAGUCUACAAGUAUAAGAGCGCCAAGGUCUCCAGAGCUCCGUUUAGACCCCUUGAAUUGCACAACCAUAGCAGUGAGAUGGCAGCAAGACCCUGAAGAUACUGCUGCUAUACAGGGCUAUAAACUGUAUUAUAAAGAAGAAGGACAGCAAGAAAGUGGGCCAAUACUACUGGAUGUGAAAGAUUUUGAUUAUAACAUAGAAGGGUUAGAUCCAAGAAAAAAAUAUCAGGUGAGACUACUGGCGUACAACAACAUGGAUGAAGGCUACCAGGCAGACCAAACAGUCAGCACGCCAGUCUGUGUGUCUGUUCCUGAUCACGUCAAUCCACCACCACCGCCACCACAUCAUCUCUAUGCUAAAGCAAACAGCUCUUCUGCCAUUUACCUGCACUGGGGACGACCAGCUUUCUCCUCUGCCAAGGCCAUUAACUACACUGUCCGAUGCAAUCCUGUUGGGCUACAGAAUGCUUCCUUAGUGCUUUACCUGCAAACGACAGAAUCUCACAUUUUACUUCAGGAUCUUGAAGCUAAUACUAAAUAUGAAUUUGCCGUGAGGCUUCAUGUGGACCAUUUGUCAAGCCCCUGGAGCCCUGUUGUUUACCAGUCCACCCUCCCUGAUGCCCCACCAAGGCCACCAGUGGGAGUAAAGGUGACAUUGAUUGAAGAAAACACUGCUUUGGUCUCAUGGAAGGCCCCCGAGGAGCUGGAUUCGGCUGUAACCAGUUAUACCAUCAUGUACACAUCUAGAAAGUCCUGGAUAGCUGGUGAAUGGCAAAUUCUGCAUAGAGAAGGAACAAUGACAAUGGCAUUAUUAGAGAAUCUGCUGCCUGGAAACGUUUACCUUGUCAAGAUCUCAGCUGCAAAUGAAGCCGGAGAGGGCGCCUUCUCUAAGGUCGUGGAGUUGGUGGUGGAGUCAAAGGAGAAUAUGCGAGUAGUCGCAAAGUCAAAGCAGUUAGAUUCUGGACAUCGUGAAGAUUAUUCUGGAUUUUACCAUUUGGAUCAGAAAUCCAUGACUGGCAUUGUUGUCGGGGUGUGUAUUGCAAUGACUUGUAUCCUGAUUUGUGUCCUUAUCUUGAUUUACCGAAGCAAAGCUAGGAAAGCAUCCAUUGCUAAGAUUGUUCAGCAAGAAACCAACCUUCUACCUCAUGCAGCUGCAUCAGCUCCUACUGAUAGGCAAGAGAGAAAGACAGCAGACCAAACAGAGGAAAAUACUGGCCCUUUGAUUCCUUCUGUUGAAUCUACCCAUUUCAUAGAUGCCAAGGGUGGCUCAAAUCUCAUCAUAAAUGGCUUUGGGCCAGUUCAGAAUAACACCAAGAAAUCAUGGCCAUUUUUCAAGAACAAUAAAAAUGGCAAUGUUGAACAGCCCAAUAAGAGACUUGUCAAAGCAGCGUGCUUAUAUCAGCCUGGCACUAGAGUUUUGACAGGAGAAGAUUUAUCCCCUCCAUCUCCAGGCAAUCCUGGCACAUUUAAGAUGCGGAACAGCAUUGCAGAUACUGAGCAUUCUGGAAACAGUGAUGAAAGUUGUGAAACUAGUGAUUCUGGACGGUUUUCUCGUGAAUCGACUGAUGAAAUUCACCUGUACUCAGUUAUAUGUCCCACCACUUCUACAUCAGAUUCCUUUACCAGCCAUGAAUGUAGACAGAACUCUGCUUUAAGUGAAUAAGGAAGACCAUUCAAGUGUCCGGGGUUGUGGAGGCUUCAUCUGUCUCACCUUCUCCGACACAUUUCUCCACAACCAUUUCAAAAAGCAAAAUCUCUUCAAGCCACUUCAGAGGCAGUAGAGUUUGUUCGAAGGACAAUGAACGGAGCUGUAAACAUUUCACCGAUAUAGCUUACCUCUUCUGUAUGUCCAUUCACUUUGAAGGUUGGCUUGCUAGAUAGUGUUGGAUUUAAUUGGUUUUACUCAAAUUGUCAGUGCUGCAAAGAAAUAUCAAGCAGUGUCUUUGAUUAAUGUCUACCUCAACUGGUCAGAUGAUGAACUUCAUUUUGCUGCUUUUCCCACAUGUAUGUUUGUUUGUGUCCCCUACACCAGCAGGGCCAGUGUUAUAAAUGAUGGGAUAUUGGGCUACCUGCAUAUGGUGUCCCCAAUUUGAGAAAAAUUACUCAGGGAAGUUUAACCUUCAUCCCUCCAGCAGUUGUUGAGCUUUUAUAUGUUACUGAAGACUGAGAGUUGUAAGUCAACAACAGCUGUAGGGACACUGGUUAGACAUCUCAUAAUAAUUAGCAACUUUCUCAAGGACAUUUUAAGGCCUGGGGACACUUAUGAGGCUGGGGACCCAUGGCAAAUGCUUGCGCUGCCCUGCCUAAAAACUGGCCCUGCACACCUCAAUACUUCCUAAUUGUAAUGUAUGUUAUUUUGCUAUGUGUAUGAUGAAUGUUCUACUCAAGGGAUUGUAAAGGCACAAAUCUUAUAUAGCUUAUCUAAAGCUUUGCUUCCAUACCAAUAUCUGUCAGUAAAGGCAACAGAGGUACACGGUUGUGCAUUAUGCCCAUAAGCUGUUUAAUUUUGCCGUAUGUAAUUGAUUUCAGCUAGCAGUUUUCAGUAUUGUCAUUUAAAAGCACUUCAUAUAUAUAUCUAUAUAUACUUUGAUUUUGUAAGUCUUUAAAAAAGGACCAAUUCCAUUUCCGUGUGCCCUGAUAUAACAGCAACAAAGCUCUGAACAUGGGUUAGAAACCUUUAAUUCUUUGCUCUUCUUUAAGAAAAAAUCUUCAAUGUUCUGUUCAGCAUUUCUACCUAAAGCAAUCUUAAAACAGUUUCAAAACAACAUUAACUACCUAGUAACUACUGUGCCUUUCCCACUCUUGGUAACACACAACUGCCUUAUUUCAUGACAUUCAGGAAGCUUCUCAGGUGAAUGGCAAGAUGCCUUAAAUUCCUACAUCAUUAAUGUGGCAUAUCUCUAGAAUUGCAAAAGACUUUUUAUGGUUUGUUUGUCCCACCCCAAAAAUAUAUAUACAGUACAUAGUGCUCUAUAGAUCAUGUCACCAACUUACCUUAAAAACGCAAUUCAUAUUAGAUAAAAGAUGAGAAGAGCAAACUAACAGAUACUGUUACUUAAAGUUUUGCCACUGAUUAAUAUGGCUUAUGUAACAACAACUACCCAUAUUUAUUUGGCAGAAAGGACCAUGUUUAUUUGUAGUGAGCCUGAGCCAAAAACAGGGUGGUCCCAGGGACGUCUUCCUCAAUUGCAAAGAUUGAACCCAGAAUGAAUAUGGUAUGUUGAAAAUCAUUAUACAGGUAUGGAACCUGUUAUCCAGAAUUCUUGGGACAUGGAGAUUUCCGGAUAACUGAUCUUUCCAUAGUUUGGAUAAUUAGAUUUUAGUUUGGAUCAUGUACAAGGUACUGUUUUAUUA